AAAAGGAAAACCGGGCCUGGUCUGCCUCAUUCCUGUUCCCCACCUGUCCCCACUCUUUUAUCCCCUUUCCCUGGCUCUGCCAGACUCUCCCCGGCUCCCUGGGUCCCCGCCUCCCCACCCUCCCCUGGAGGGCGGGGCUUGGCUGCACCCACGUGUGUCGGGGUUAUAUGCUCCCAGUUGGCAGAGGAGCUGGGGAGAGUGGCACCCAGCCGGCAGUUCAGGCAGAGGAGCGAGAAGCGGCACCAUGGCCAGCAAGAAAGUCUGCAUUGUAGGCUCUGGCAACUGGGGCUCAGCCAUUGCCAAGAUUGUGGGUGGCAAUGCAGCCCAGCUGGCAGGCUUUGACCCACGGGUGACCAUGUGGGUGUUUGAGGAAGACGUUGGGGGCAGAAAGCUGACAGAGAUCAUCAACACACAGCAUGAGAAUGUCAAGUACCUGCCAGGGCACAAGCUGCCCGCCAACGUGGUGGCUGUCCCAGAUGUGGUCCAGGCUGCAGCAGAUGCUGACAUCCUGAUCUUCGUAGUGCCCCAUCAAUUCAUUGGCAAGAUCUGUGAUCAACUCAAGGGCCACCUGAAGGCAGAUGCCAUUGGCAUAUCCCUUAUUAAGGGGGUAGACGAGGGCCCCCGCGGGCUGAAGCUCAUCUCUGAAGUGAUUGGGGAGCGCCUUGGCAUCCCCAUGAGCGUGCUGAUGGGGGCCAACAUUGCCAGCGAGGUGGCUGAUGACAAGUUCUGUGAGACAACCAUUGGGUGCAAGGACCUGGCCCAGGGACAGCUUCUGAAAGAACUGAUGCAGACACUCAACUUCCGCAUCACGGUGGUGCAAGAGGUGGAUACAGUAGAGAUCUGUGGAGCCUUAAAGAACAUAGUGGCCGUGGGGGCUGGCUUCUGUGAUGGGCUGGGCUUCGGUGACAACACCAAGGCAGCAGUGAUCCGACUGGGGCUCAUGGAGAUGAUCGCCUUCGCCAAGCUCUUCUGCAGCGGCCCUGUGUCCUCUGCCACCUUCUUGGAGAGCUGUGGUGUUGCUGACCUCAUCACUACCUGCUACGGAGGGCGGAACCGCAAGGUGGCUGAGGCCUUCGCCCGAACAGGAAAGCCCAUUGAGCAGCUAGAGAAAGAGAUGCUGAAUGGGCAGAAGCUGCAGGGGCCCCAGACAGCCCGGGAGCUACACAGCAUCCUCCAGCAAAAGGGCCUGGUGGACAAGUUCCCUCUGUUCACGGCUGUGUACAAGACAUGCUAUGAGAAUCAGCCAGUGGGUGAAUUCAUCCGCUACCUGCAGAAUCAUCCAGAACAUCUGUGAGCGGGGCCGGGGCCCAGGCCAGGCAGCUUCUUUACCCCAGUGGAGACAGGGAGAAGCUUGGGGUGCCUGGUCACCAGGAUCUCUGAGACUCCCCACGAUGCACCCUCUUCUCAGCUUUUCACUGGAGGACAGGACGCUCUGGGCCCAACUACCUGCCUGGAGAUCCUGAAGCACCAAUCAGCCUGCAGCCUCUUGCCAACACAUCUCACCAGAAAUGGAGCUGCCUAGUCCCUCUCCAGAUGUGGGGCAUUCUCCCUGUCCCCUGGAAGGGAUCAAGCCCCUGUGCUGCCUGCUUUGGGUGUGUAGGGAGAGUGGGGAGGGAGAGGGAGGCAUGGCAAGGGCUGCCCACUGCUGCCUCACAUAGACCAGGAAUCCUGUCCCCAAGCCCAGUUAAGUGGCUAAAGAAGUAUCUCAGCUGCAAGAAGGAUGUGCUAAGGGGUUGUUAGGUAGGGGUCUGGAUUUUGAGCGACAUAGGCCCAGGGACCCCUUUGCUCUGACCUCUGCCAGGCCCCACACAGCAUCAAUGGAUCUCAGUGUUUGUUAACAAAAUACAAAGAUUUCAAAAAAAAA